GAGCCACUAGAGGCUGAGCCGUCGAGUGGCGUCGAGUGUCGAUCGGAUGUCCGCGGAGGGCGGCGGCUAUUCGCCGUGUCCGGCGGAGGCGCUGCCGGAGCUGAGCGCGGCCGAGCUGGCGAUGAGCUUGUCGCCCAAGUCGGCGCUGCUGCAGCAGAACCUCUCCCAGCUCCAGCUGCAGCAUUCCACCCCGUUUUCCGUGACCGAUAUCCUGUCGCCGAUCGAGGAGUACCGCAAAUUGGAGUUGGCUAACAACCCGCCGUCCCCGUACAGAUCAAAUUCAUCGGGUAGCAGCAUCAACUCGCCACUGGGGCCAGCGGCCUCGUGCGGGAUGGCUGCGAACCCGUACGCCGUGCCCCUCUAUGGGGGCGCGCCCGUGCAGGGCUACGGCUGCGCGCCGGCCGACCUGCCCCACUACGGGGACAUGCGGGGCGCGAGCUGGUACCCAGCGUCCAAUGACCCCAGGUUUGCCAUUUCCAGGCUCAUGACGUCCACAUCCGGCGGCAUGGGGCACGUGAACAACAUGGGCGGGCUGGCCGCGUGCGCCGGCCCUGAUGCGAAGCCCAUGCAGUUCCCUUUGGCCCAGCGUCGCAAGCGGAGAGUGCUGUUUACACAAGCUCAGGUUUACGAAUUGGAGAGGCGGUUUAAGCAGCAGAAGUACCUGUCGGCGCCCGAGCGGGAGCACCUCGCGUCACUCAUCCACCUCACACCCACUCAGGUCAAAAUAUGGUUUCAAAAUCAUCGUUAUAAAUGUAAGAGACAGGCGAAAGAGAAGGCCAUGGCGGAACAAAACCAGCACAAUCAGUCAUCAUCAUCACCGCGGCGGGUGGCCGUGCCCGUCCUGGUGAAGGACGGGAAACCUUGCGGCUCGGGCGAGUCCUCCUCUCCCGCGCACAGUCACUGCGCCACGCCGACCUCCGGUUACUCCGCGCCGCAGCCCUCGCAGGCCGCCUGCAGCAACCCCCUGGUGUCCUCCUACCGCCAGCCCACCGCCUACCAGCAGCAAUGCUCCGGCUACCUACCCCUCCAAGGCAGGGCCUGGUAGAAAUUCCCACAGCUUUACCAUGAGACAAUGUUCAAGGAAGAGAUGUACUUUGAUUAGAUGCGCCCAUGAUCAGUUGUCUGUGACGGUUGCCUAAAUCUCCCGUUCUGUAAGAUUCCAAUUUCGUUUUGGGAUUCGUUGCGAUCUGUCUCUUUUAGGAACAUUGUCACUGGUAAAGCGUCGGGAUAGCGACCCAGAGUGAGUGAUAGAAAUAGUGGACAUUAUGUGGACUUACAAAAGUGAAACCUUAUCGAUACUAACGUAUCCGGAGGAGGGUAUUUGUAAAUACUAAUAGAUAAGCACAAUUAAGGAUUUGACGUAAAACUUUAAUUUCCCGAUUCCUUUACUGUAAUAGAUCGUUUGUUUUCAACCCAUAUUAACAGUAUACGUAGCUAUGGAAAUACUGCAGCUUGCGAUAUCAGAUUUUCAGCAAUUGUAAAUAACAAGGUAGUUAAUUGUUGUGUGAAUAGUAUAAUUUAUGAUUUACGGUCAGUGUUUUGUGCGUGUGUAGAUAGAUUUGUGUAAAUACGUAGCUAACAUUAUUGAUAGAUCAAUAUUUUAACAUCUUGUUUAAGAUUAUGUCAUACGUACAAUUCUAAUACAUAUUUCACUAUCAGAAAUGAGAAAAGUUGAAAAUAUGACAUUUCUGAUACUUUGACAUUGUGAGUUUCAACUGCAAACGGAU